GUAGGGAAGGGGUGGAAUCCGGGAGCGGUGGCGGCUGUAAUGGCGAUUUUUAGUGUGUAUGUAGUGAACAAAGCUGGCGGCCUGAUUUACCAGCUGGACAGCUACGCGCCACGGGCUGAGGCUGAGAAAACGUUCAGUUACCCGCUUGAUCUGCUGCUCAAGCUACAUGACGAGCGUGUGCUAGUUGCCUUUGGCCAGCGCGAUGGCAUCCGGGUGGGCCACGCAGUGCUGGCUAUCAAUGGGAUGGACGUGAACGGCAAGUACACGGCCGACGGAAAAGAGAUACUGGAGUACCUGAGCAACCCUGCUAAUUACCCUGUGUCUAUUCGAUUCGGCCGGCCCCGCCUCACUUCCAAUGAGAAACUCAUGCUGGCUUCCAUGUUCCACUCGCUCUUUGCCAUCGGCUCCCAGCUAUCUCCUGAACAGGGCAGCUCAGGCAUUGAGAUGCUGGAGACAGAUACAUUCAAACUGCACUGCUUCCAGACAUUGACAGGGAUCAAGUUUGUGGUGCUGGCAGAUCCCAGGCAAGCUGGAAUAGAUUCUCUUCUUAGAAAGAUUUAUGAGAUUUACUCAGAUUUUGCCCUCAAAAAUCCAUUUUACUCCCUGGAAAUGCCCAUCAGGUGUGAGCUGUUUGACCAGAACUUGAAGCUAGCCCUGGAGGUGGCAGAAAAGGCUGGGACUUUUGGACCUGGGUCAUAGGCUGAACCUGCACUGGACCCUGAAAUUCUGAGAAUCUGCACUUGGGGUCCUGCUGUUCUCACUUGGAAGGUGCUCCCAACAAUCAUGUUAGUGCGCAUGGAAAUGGGUAGAUGCUGAGCCUGAGGACAUGUACAGAUCCCUGAGCCUUAAAACUAUGCUCUUUUCCCUCUUGUACAUAUCACAGUCCUACUCCCUAACUCUGUACAGAUUUAUUUAUGGAGGAGAUAGGCUUAUGAAUGGCUGUAAUAAACAUUUCUUUGACCU